AUGGAGGAGGACGCUCUGGCAGUCAGCAGGGAGUACGAGUCGCGCGGCAUGGAGUACAUUUGGAUGCCGACGUUCGACAUGUCCACCGAUGGGCGUGCGCAGAUGCUUCCCCAGGGCUCGCACAUCUUCGCGAGCCUUGUGCAGAGGGGGCACGUGAUCUACAGCCACUGCAACGCGGGCGUGGGCCGCAGCGUGGCAGCCGUGUGCGGAUAUCUGACGUUCGCGCUCGGGCUGUCUCCGCGCAGGAUGCAGCACGUGGUGGCCAUGGCGCGGCCCGUGUCGUUCUUCGACUUCGAGGCGCUCGACCGGGCGCGCCCGCACUAUGAGGCGAUGUUUGGCAGGGCGUGCAGAGGGGACCAGCCUUCGGAGGCAGCGCUGCUAGCGGAGGCGAAUGCGAUCAUCGAGAUGGCUUGA